UGUUGAUAUCGACUUAAAAGCAAACAGCGUGUGAGGAGAGAAGAGAAAUAUUGAAACCUCAUUCCUCUGUUGUGCCACUUGAAUAUUAUCACUGUAUUUUCAACAUUUUUGUCUCUCUGUUUGUAUGCCCAGUAUUAAACCACUACUUGGCUCAGGUUUCCUCCAUAGAAUUUAUCAACAACAGCAGCCAGUGGUACCUGCACACCCAGCCCAAACCAAAGAUCUCAACUACAAAAAUAAAGGCUGCAUAUAUAUAGCAUUCACUUUUUCAAAAAUGCUUUUGGGUCUAAAAAUGUCAUUCAAAUAGAAAAUCUUUCAUUGGCAAAAAGUGUGCGGUCUGUAAUGGAAACCUGACUUCAUACUACAAAAGCUUAGCUGGACGUUUUUAUUUUGGAGAAGGGGGAAGUUUUACACACUCCAAUUAAAUCUUAGAAAUUCAUAUUUAAAUUCAAAAACCUAAAUAUGUAAGAUGAUGGCCCGCAGCUGUGCAGGCUCACAGUCGCACAACAUGUGAUCUGCACUCACACUGACGUGCAGUCUGUUACAUUUGUGUAAAAAACACACAAAGGUGUGGCAAAAAGAUAGAAUUGUUGUUGAAUAAAAGGUAGAGUUGUUUUAUUUCAGAUCAUUUUUUAAGUUAAUAAAAACUAGUGUUUAAAACAUUUAAUGAAAAACAAAAACUUUGAAAUAAAGUUUUGCUUCCACAUUAAUCAUUACAUAGCAUAAAAUGACCAUAGCUUAAUAAAGUUCUUGGCACCACUGAUUUAAGGCCAAUGCUGUCUCACAGUAAUAGAAUAUAUAUAGGAGUAUACUUUAUAACUGUAUAUGACAUGAGGCUACAUUACAUCUGGAAAAUGUCCUGUGCCAGGUCUGACCCACAGUGGCAGUUCCCCUCUGCUUUCACUGCUGCUCACUGAUAAAUCUGACAGCUGGGUAUUCUUCUAAUCCUGCAGCGAUGCUUCAGGAGAAAGCUUCAACUGUGACGGACGAACAUGUGAGCCGGCUCCAGACCGGCGGGGAGACGGAUCUGCUUCCAGACCAGUCGCGACUGGGCCUGUCCACAGCUCCCACCGUUCCCAGCUCCACCGAGCCCGACCAGAACAUUGAGAACAUUAAGGUCGUCCUUCACGAGAGGGAGCUGUGGAAGAAGUUCCACGAGGCCGGUACAGAGAUGAUCAUUACUAAAGCGGGGAGGUGAGUGAGGCAUGUUUCUGAUGAACCAUAAAAAAAUUAAAAGAAAUGUUUGAGUUCAUGUUUGCAGUAUUUUUUCCAUUUUACAGAAGAGUAAAUACUCUAGUGUAAAAAUACUUCAAAAGAGCUACAUUCAAAAUGUAAUCUAAGAAAAUGUACAAUUUCUCAUGGUUUUUUCAGUCCAUUGUAUUACUGCAUUUUUGUUUGGAUAUUGGAACACGUGAACCAGCCAGUGUCUGCUGUCAGGUAUAAGCACUGGAAUAAACAGUUUGUUCAGACGUGGAGUCAAAGAAGAAAUAUUAAACAUCUGCCUAAAUCUCUACAGUAAAUGUAUUUUCUGCUGUUGUUACAUUAACGUACUGCAUUACUGCAUUGCAGGAUUUGUGGUGGAGUUUAUGAAACACAAAGAUUACCUGAAAAAGUUUUUUCACCUGAUUUGAAUCUCCCCGUCAACAGUAACCUGGAAACGGUCGAGCUCCUUGUUAUUCAUAGAACAUAUUGAAACGUAGCGAUAGUCUUCAGAGUGAAAACAUGCAUAGCUUUCUGGAAAAUUGCAGGCAAAGUGAUUUUCUAGUGAUGGAUUCAUUAUGCAAGAUGAGUAUCAUAUCUUUCUAGGAUCAUCUGUUUAGACAGCUCGUAGUAACGUACAACAGUUAUGAUUUUGUCUUUCAGGAAGAGACAGAAA